GUGGGUGGGUUUAUCAUUGACUGAUUAACCUUUGAAAGCUGCCAAAGGUCUCAGACAACACACCUGUGCACUACUGAGCUCGAGCUCUAAUAGAACAGGGACUUAGACUUAGACAAACUUUAUUGAUCCACAAGUGAAAUUGUUCAAAGGGAGACGCUCGUCAACACACUAGUUUAUCUUCCUGCUGCUGCAUCAGUCAGUCAUGUUGGGAAGAAGAAGAACGUUCAGGCGAUGUUGCAGGUUGGGCCUCCAGCAGUGGUCUUCUGCUCCAGCUGAAAUCCUUACACUACAUUUCCCAGCAGGCAGCAGGAAGACCAGGACGCACCAGGAAGUGUCGCAAAUGAACUCUGCUCAGAUCCAACAAAUCCUAAAGGCCAACGAAUACAGCCACAUCCUACCCAGGGGCCCCGCCUCCCACGGGGUCCUUGGAUUCCAUAGCAACAUGUUGCCAUCCAAUCACCCGGGCGAGGACUAUCGCAGCAGCGCCACCUGCCUGUCGGACGGUGGGGGUGUGCUGUUUGGGGUAUUCGACGGCCACGGAGGACCGGCCUGUGCCCACGCUGUCAGUCAGAGGCUUUUCUACUACAUCACCGUGGCAAUGCUGCCGCUAAAGACGCUGGCGGAGCUGGAACGGGCGGUGGAGGAGGAGCGGGCCGUCCCGCCGUUGCUGGAGUGGUUGAAACACCGCCGAGAUCACCGCUGCCCUGAUGGAGGCGCCACCUCCUUCCAUAGCCUGCGCACGUACUGGCAGGAGAGGCUGGACGGGGACGAGGACGACGACGAGGACGUCAGUUCAGCGCUGGUCAAUGCUUUCCGUCGACUAGACUAUGACCUGACAGUGGAGGCUCAGGUGCACAUGUCCACGUGCUCUCACAGAAGGCUGUCUCUCUCCUCCCCCCUUCGGGUGGCACUGUCGGGAUGCACAGCUUGCAUCGCGCACGUGUCCAAAGGCGUCUUACACGUGGCCAACUUGGGGGACAGCAGGGCUGUGUUGGGUGUCCAGGAAGCAGAUGGAUGCUGGUCUGCAGUCAGCCUCACCAAUGACCACAACGCGCAGAACCCGGACGAGGUCCAAAGAAUUCAGGGGGAACACCCAGGGUCAGAGUGGAGGACGGUGGUCCGCCACGAGCGCCUGCUGGGAUUGCUACUGCCUUUCAGGGCUUUUGGCGACAUCCGCUUUAAAUGGAGCGCUGAGACGCUGAGUCGGAUGUACGAGACUCGCGCAGAUGUCCUGUCUGUGGUCGGCGAGGGAGCCCGAACGCUGCCGCCACACUACUUGACCCCGCCUUACCUGAGCGCCGAACCGGAGGUCACCCAGCACCUCAUCACACCCUCGGACAAAUUUGUAGUGUUGGCAAGCGAUGGACUCUGGGAGUUGAUGCACCGACAGACAGUGGUCCAACUGGUUGGCCAACACAUCAAAGGCCUUCAGCAGCAGAAACCCAUAACUCCCACUGUGGGCAUGACCCUGGCUGACCUGCAGCGCCUCCUUUUGGAGAGGAAGGGGCGAGUCCAGUCAGUGCUGGAAGACCAGAAUGCCGCAACCCACUUGCUUCGCCAUGCCCUGGGGGAUGACGGCUACGGAGCAGUGGCGCCGAACCGGCUCACCAAGAUGCUGAGUCUCCCAGUAGAGCUUGCUAGGAGGUACCGCGAUGACAUCACCAUUACGGUCAUCCACCUGAACGAGCCUGACCUUUGACUUGAACGACAUGUUACUACUAGCAACACAAAGAAAAGGACACUGAAGGGGAGGUGUGAUUCUAAGGGGUGGCAUUGGCGAGUGGCCUAAGACAGCAUUGAAAACUGCAGCCACACCCUAAGCCAACAAGAUGGUGACAAAAAACUGUCAAUAGCUACAAGGAACAAUGUUAAACUUUGACAAUAUACUGUUCUUACAAAACAAGUGUACAUUAUAGCGGAUUGGAACCAUCAGUGGACAA